AUGGUUACUAUGGCAUCUUCUACGGCAACUUCAACAGACGAUCCCCCUCACGAGCCUCCAGGUAGCGGCGGGCACAGAAACAAGCCCGCAAGCGAUGGCCUAUUCAAACUUGGUGACUUUACCAGACUGAACUCGCACGAUCUCGCAGACUGGGCUGCUCCGAAAGACACAAAGACUUCUAAUUCGCCUCCGACUCUUGGAAACUUCAAGCGGCUCUUUGAGCAGCUUCGUUUUCAAGAUAGUGCAGCAUCAGAUUCGCAGUAUCGGUCAUUUGUUUGCUCAAAGACGCAACCUAUCACAAUACUGAAACCGUCUUCCGAAACAUCCCUCAUCAUCAAGGCAGCUGCUAUCCCCAAAGCUAGUGCUGGACUUGUUUUCGACCCAAUCACUGAUUCAGAGGCUGGAUGUGACUCCGACACCGACGUGCUGCCUGCGGCAUCCUAUUCAACCGCUGCAUCAACACCACCGAGCUCAAGCGAGUCUCCUCUCAAUAAUUACAACGAAACUAAGAUCAGCAAGAACAAAUCGCCAAAGGCAAAAGAUAAUGUCAAUUCUAGAGACAAUUCGGAGCCCAACAUUAUCCUCUGGGGUGGCACUCAGCCGGAUCUGGUCAGACAUGUCAUCUCGUAUCAACGUUUCAAGUAUGGUCCUCUCACCGAAAUUCACAGCAAUGUGCAGCCUACUGCUGCCAAGCACCAAGCACUCAUGAGCAGGCUUGUUCAUGAACGUGUUGUGGACUCUAUGAUCUGCAAAGACUUCUCUACUAUCGCGGAAAACGGGAUUCAUGUCUUCAUUGACAUGUCCAACAUCAUUAUUGGAUUUCAGAAGGCCUUGAGGGUAAAGUUUGGUAUGUCAGAGUCGACGCGCUUUGUCCCACUUCCACAGAUGAAUCUUUCCUUCUUUCACGAGCUCUUGACUCGUGAUCGAUAUGCCGAAUGGCUCAACGUCGGCUGUUCAACACGUCCCGACAAAGGUGAACCCCCUUUCAUCCAAGAACUCAAAGAUCUUGGCUAUCGUGUCGAUCUUCGCAACCGCCGCCCUGAGCAAUCUGGUUCCAACGAUCACACUACCUUCGAAACUGGCGGAUUCCGCUAUGUGGAGGAUAUGGUUGACGAAACACUUCAAAUCCGAAUCGGCGAGUCUGUUAUGCAGUAUUUCGAAAUGCCCGGUACACUUGUUAUCGCCACUGGGGACGCCCGGCCGGCCAAGUACUCGGAUGGCUUUCUAGCUUAUGCCCAACGCGCCCUGAAAAUGGGCUGGAGCGUUGAGGUUGUGUCCUGGAAGGCGAGCCUUUCGUCCGCCUGGAAUGGACUAUUGAGGGACAAGAGCAUUGGUUCUCGGUUCCGCAUCAUCGAGCUCGAUCAGUUUCUGGAUGAGCUUUGGAUCUGUUAA